UGCGUUUUUCUACGUGCGUGCACGCACGUUUUACGUACGUGGUCUCCGCAAGCGUAAACGCGUGAGUUGAUCGGUGUUCAACUUUUACGCGAAUGUUCCAGACACGCAAGCCAGUUAUCCAAUGGAAAGUGAUUGUCAGAUCACGUGAACGGUGUUUUUUCAGUUUAUAAAAUAUAGAAAUAGCUAAAUAUAAUAUUAAAAAUUGGAAAGUUUCCAGACUUUUGAACUGUUCGAGAUGGGAAAAUAUUCUAAUGUGGAAGAAAAACUUAUUUCAGAAGUACAAAAGUAUCCUGCAUUAUGGAAUACCAAGGAUAAUAACUACAAAAACAAAACCAUUAAGGAAAAUGCUUGGCAAGAGGUCGCAGAAUGUGUAAAUAAAGACAGCGACACCAGCUACACAGUAUCCGAAUAUAAAGAUAGAAUAUGGAAGAAUAUUCGUGAUAAUUAUGUUCGUGCACUAAGUGGUACUGCAAAGAAAAGUGGUUCGGGGGUAGAUGAAGCACCUCAAUAUCCUUAUCUCAAUGCCAUGUCUUUUCUCAAACCUUAUGUAAAUAUAAGAGCUAAGAAUGCAGAGAGUAAUUUCCAACUACCAAUUGUACAGAUCAAUGACACAUUAAAUCAAAACAAGACAAAUGAAGAUUCAUCACAACUUGGAUGUGAAAAACAGUUGGAAGUUGAAUCUCAGAAUACAGAUUUGUCUGGUUCUACUCAAUCCAAAAAACCCAGCAACAUGGUUGUGGAAGAUACUACUGUUCAAAAGCCCACUAGAAAACGAUCAUAUGCAUCAAUGUCUCAACAGCAUGUGGAUAGAGCCAUAGAUGUUAAAAUUUUGGAAUAUCUAUCUGGUACGAAAAAUCCAAAAGAAUCAGUUAUCACAACACCAAUUAGUGCAGAAGAUGCCUUUGGUAAGAGUGUAUCCGCUCAACUUCAAUUAUUGGAUCCUGAGGCCAAAGCAGUUGCAAUGAGUGAAAUUCAAAAGGUCUUGUGCCAAGCUCAGAUCCCACAGGCUUCAAUGAUUACUCAAUCUCACAAUAACAAUCCUGUCUUAAUAACCCCAUCAUGGCAAGAAGAUGAAUAAGUAUGAACCAAGCAUGUACUGUUA